CUCUCAAGAUAUUGGGGCUGCCCGACCCCAGAGGGGUCCCCGAGGAUCGUGGCGCUAGCUUUGCAGCAGGUGCUGCUGGAGAGGGCUUCCAGCCGUGCCUUCCGGACCUGGAAGAUGGCCCUCCCCCUGCCAGCCCCCGCCCUCCCUUCUCGGGCGCACACCUCCCUCCCUGACGCAUUUUGCCGCACAAGCUGUAAUAUGGCGGCAGCGACGGUGGCCUGAACUCUAGGGAGCUGGGGUGAUUUUGAUGCUUCAAAAUCGUAAGACCGAGCACGAAUGCGGGAGAAUUUAAGAAGGCCUGCACAAGCUAUUUAGAAGAUAAAAGAUAAAAAAAAAAAGAUAAAAGAUAAUCAGGAGCAAAAAGAUUGGAUCAGUUUGUCCUUGAUUUUUCCCUAUUUAAAGUGUGUUUACCUGAAACUGUUUUACUCAGAUUGAAGUAUUGACGCCAUGGGAAUAAAGGUUCAGCGUCCUAGAUGUUUUUUUGACAUCGCCAUUAAUAAUCAACCUGCUGGAAGAGUUGUCUUUGAAUUAUUUUCUGAUGUGUGCCCCAAAACAUGUGAGAACUUUCGAUGUCUUUGUACAGGUGAAAAGGGGACAGGGAAAUCAACUCAGAAGCCAUUACAUUAUAAAAGUUGUCUCUUUCAUCGAGUUGUUAAAGAUUUUAUGGUUCAAGGUGGUGACUUCAGUGAAGGAAAUGGACGAGGAGGAGAAUCCAUUUAUGGAGGAUUUUUUGAAGAUGAGAGUUUUGCUGUUAAACACAAUAAAGAGUUUCUCUUGUCAAUGGCCAACAGAGGGAAGGAUACAAAUGGCUCACAGUUCUUCAUAACAACAAAACCAACUCCUCAUUUAGAUGGGCAUCAUGUGGUUUUUGGGCAAGUGAUUUCUGGUCAAGAAGUUGUGAGAGAAAUAGAAAACCAGAAAACAGAUGCAGCUAGCAAACCAUUUGCUGAGGUGCGGAUACUCAGUUGUGGAGAGCUAGUUCCAAAAUCGAAAGCUAAGAAAGAAGAAAAGAAAAGGCAUAAAUCAUCUUCUUCCUCCUCCUCAUCAUCCAGUGACUCAGAUAGCUCAAGCGAUUCUCAGUCGUCUUCUGAUUCUUCUGAUUCUGAAAGUGCUUCUGAAGAGAAAUCAAAAAAAAGAAAGAAGAAACAUAGGAAAAAUUCUCGUAAACACAAGAAAGAGAAGAAGAAGCGAAAGAAAAGCAAGAAAAGGUUGGUUUGUCAGAGGAACGAGUAUUUUCCCCGUGUAACUGCAUCUUUGGUCAGCAGUUGGGGACCGGAUGAUAGAUGGAUAGUAUAUUUACAAAGGAAAGAAAGACCAACAAUUGGAAAAUUGAGUAAUCUACCUAACUCCCAGCCUCCUUCAUACCAGAGACGACUUUUAGUUACUAGGUCUGGCAGGAAAAUUAAAGGAAGAGGACCAAGGCGUUAUCGAACUCCUUCUAGAUCCAGAUCAAGGGAUCGUUUCAGACGUAGUGAGACUCCUCCACAUUGGAGGCAGGAGAUGCAGAGAGCUCAGAGAAUGAGAGUGUCAACUGGUGAAAGAUGGAUUAAAGGGGAUAAGAGUGAGUUAAAUGAAAUAAAAGAAAAUCAAAGAAGCCCAGUUAGAGUAAAAGAGAAAAAAAUAACUGAUCAUAGGCAUGUGUCUGAGAGUCCAAACAGGAAAAGUGAAAAGGAAAAGAAAAUUAAAGACCAUAAAUCUAACAGCAAAGAAAGAGAAAUCAGAAGAAAUUCAGAAAAAGAUGAUAAAUAUAAGAACAAGGUAAAGAAAAGGGCCAAAUCAAAAAGUAGGAGUAAGAGCAAAGAGAAAUCCAAGAGUAAGGAAAGAGACCCAAAGCAUAACAGACAUGAAGAAAAGAGGGUGAAGUCAAGGAGUGAAGAAAGGGAUCAUGAGAAUGUGAAAGAAAAAGAAAAGCCUGAUUCUAAAGGAAAAGAUCAGGAGAGGAGUAGAAGUAAAGAGAAGUCUAAACAGUCAGAAUCCAAAAGCAAUGAGCACGAUCAUAAUAAAAGUAAGGACAAAGACAGACGUGCACAGUCUAGAAGUAGAGAACGUGAUAUAACUAAAGGCAAACACAGUUACAACAGUAGAACAAAGGAACGAAGCAGAAGUAGGGACAGGAGCAGAAGAGUGCGCUCUAGAAGCCAUGACCGAGAUCGCAGCAGAAGCAAGGAGUAUCAUAGAUACAAAGAACAAGAGUACAGGAGAAGGGGAAGGUCACGGAGCCGAGAGAGAAGAGCAACGCCAGGAAGAUCAAGAAGUAAAGAUAGGAGGAGAAGGAGGAGAGAUUCACGGAGCUCGGAGAGAGAAGAAAGUCAAAGCAGAAACAGGGAAAAAUACAGAAACCAAGAAAGUAGAAGUUCACACAGAAAAGAGAAUUCUGAGGGUGAGAAGAGAAUGUACUCUAAAAAUCGUGAUCAUAGUAGUUCAAAUAAUAAUAGGGAAAAAAAGGCAGAUAGAGAUCAAAGUCCAUUCUCAAAAGUGAAACAAAGUAGUCAGGACAAUGAAUUAAAAUUCUCCACUUUGAAAAAUAAGGAGGAUGAGAAGACCAGAUCCUCAGUGGAAAAAGAAAACCAAAAAUCAAAGGGUCAAGAAAAUGACCAUGCACAUGAUAAAAAUAAAAAAUUUGAUCAUGAAUCAAGCCCUGGAACAGAUGAAGACAAAAGUGGAUGAGUGAGUUAUAUAACUUCUUAUUUCCAUUCUGUCUCAGAUUUUAAGUUUUAGAGACUUGCUGAUGAUCUUCCUUAUGUUGUUUUUUUCUUUUCAUUGUUUUGAGGUUGGUUGUCCUUUUUUUUCCCCAAUGUGGACUUUAUUGAGUUGAUCUUUUGAUAAUCUGCAGCCUGGAUAAUUUGUACUGCUAAAGUUUUAAUAAACUUGAAAUGAGAAAAACAGUUUGGUGUAAUACUGUGUGCUGUGUUUAACUAUUUCAUGUACGCAUUUUUGUGUUGCAACAAUCAGCCAGUAGCAAACAUGCUCUUCUUUACCCUAAUUUGUGUGAUCGGCCAGUUGGAAAGAAGGAUAACUGAUUGUUGGAAUACAUUAUUAUAGAAGCUUGUGUUUCUCAUGAUUAAAGUAACCUUAGAAGCCACUUGGUAGAAGAAAUCUUUUUUUUUUUUUUUUAGAAGAAAUCUUAUAUAGAUUUUUCGAUUGCAUUUAUAAUAGAGGCUUGCAGCAGCAGCUUUUAAUUAUACAGAAGUGGGACCCUAAUAACUUGAGAUAUUAAGUCAUCACUUUUGAUUUUAUAUUAAUUUGUGCUUUAAAAUAUUUAUAUUGCACUUCCUGUGUUAUUCUUUAUAGUGCUACCAGUAGCUGGUUUCUUAUUUUUCCUGUUUUGUUUUAUCAACUGUCUAUAGAUAUAGUUUUUUUUUUUCAGUUGAUGUACUGUUUGGGUUUGAGUGGCUGUUAUACAGCAUCUAACAAGAACUAUACCUUGAGGAUCAGGUUGUAAUUCUCAAUUCUGUGUUGCUUUUGGUCUGAAGAGAUGAAACUUGCUUUUGGCGAAUGUUCUGUUAUUGUCAUUGCCCUUCUCUAAAAUGAAAACAAUACUUUCCUCACUAAAACAUACCACUUGUGCAGGUCUUUGUUAGACAAAUUCUAAAAAUUGUUGGUAUUGACACAUAAACUUAUGAGAUUUCUCUUUUUGGCCACUAACCUAGAGUUGAGUGUUAUGUUGCAUGGUUGUUGGUUGUUUUUUUUUAAAACUUGAACUGACCUCUCUAAAUCUCAUAACUGAGUUUCAACUGGCAAAAAAAUGCAUCUCUUUUAUAUAUGUAUCACAGGCUGUAGCAUGUUUAUGACUCUGAUUUCUUUCUAUUCAGGUGGCUUUAUAUCAUUACUAUUAAUCAUUAUUUUAACUUGGCAUGUAUAACAUUGCCACAUAGAGUAGAGUAGAAAGUGGCAAAAUUUGAUAGCUUACAGAGUUAAACACUAAAGAUAUUCAAAGUCCAUUUAGAAGUUUGUGUAUUGUAUAUUGCUAUUUUAGUGAAGUGUGGCCUUUUAUUCUGUAAUUUCUCUUCUAAAUAGAAUACUGAACAUCCAGUAAACACAAAACCUGCCUCAUUUGAAAAGAAAUUUCAGAAUUCCAAUUAGUAGUUGCCUUUAGAGUGUUUUAUACUUUAAUAUUUGUCAAUAUAGUAUCAAAUAGCUACUUACUUAUCCCUUAUUUGAUACUUAUAGCUACUUAUUACCAGGUAGCUCCUUGGUAAACCCAGUAGCUACUCAUGCUGUUUGUACUGAGCAAAGCAAUGCUUAUUAAUAUAAUACUUCCCAUUAUUGAUUAAUACAGUAAUGAUACAUUUGGCAUUGUGGUAGCCACUUACAUAAUGAAUAGGGUGAUGAUUAUAAGAUUGUUUGGAUUAUCCUGAAACAAAUAUCCAUAUCAGGGUCUUACUGAAUCUUUUUCCUAAUGAUAAAAGUAAUAGAUGUUUGUGAUAAUCCAGGGUGAUUGAUUCCUUAGAGAUUUUGAUUACAAACCUUAGAGAUAAUUGAGUCCUGAGUCCCCAAGCUGUAUAAUGUGUUAUAUAUUUUAAAUUAGUUUUUGCUUGUCUUAAAUUCAGUGAACUGCAUUUAAAAAGUCUUUGUUAUAAACUAUUUGAGCUUCAAGAAAGGUGCUGUUUAAGAAAGGAUUUCUAAUAAUAACAACAAAAAAAGAAAAUCCAUGCUAAUUAAAAAAUACUUGUAUGUUAUCUGAUCCCAGAACUUUACUAAGAAUUACAGAUAAGUAACCAUAGGGGGGAAAACUAGUAAUUACUUUAAUAUGCUAUUUUGGUUAUCAAAGAAGCAAUUCUAUGCUAAGCAUUAUUUCUAGACCUAUAAAAACUGUUAAAAAAAAAAAACUGUUAGCUGUUUUUACAGUGAGGUAUGGUGAAGGAGUUGAAGUGAAAGAUGACAAUCAGCUAGAUUUUAUUUUCAGAAUGUAAAUAACAUUUAGAAAAUGAUCAAACAGCAUUAACCAUACAUCUGCUUUUGCAUCUGAAUACUGCACUGAUCAAGUAAUUCUUUGAUUACCUUUUUAAUAGUUGUGCAACCCUUACUUUUUACUUUGAACAACUCUUCCUAAAAGUCAACUAUUUGUUUCCUGCCAAAUUGAUAUUAUAGUUACUUUGAGGUAAAUUGUAAACUCAAACAUCUUUAAGCAGAUUUAAAUCCAUUUAAAGAUUUUUACUUUGUUUUUAUUGCCUGAUUGGCAAUACCUGAGAAAUGAGAAAUUUUUUAUGAUUAUUUCCUGUGAAUUCUUUUUCUGUGUAAAUCAUCUGCCACAGAACUGACACUGCAGAGAGAUUAAUGUUAAUGAGCUUGUAGGGAAGAUACCAGGUUGCUUUAAAACAUUUAAAAACUACUCCAUAGUUAAGAGAGUUCAUAGAGCAUGAUAGUUUCUAAGUUUCUUAAUCAGAUCCCUCACAGAAAUUUCAAAGAAUUUGUCUUAUAAAAAUCUAUCUUUGCACAAAUGUAAUAUUAACUCACCUGAGCUUUGCCUAAUGGCCUUUGAUUCUUGUGCCCAGUAGAAAAUAUGAAACUGAAAAGUAAAAAUUUCUUUAAUAUUGGGGAUAGGAAUACAUUGGUGUUCUGGUAUUUUGAGUAAUAAUAUUACUUGGCAGUUCUAAUUUGUUUUCAAGUUAGUGAGUGAAACAAAUUAGUAUAUUUUUUAGUAGUUGAUUUUGCUUUACUCUUGGUGGCAGUUUGUUUUUUUUUGUAAUCACACUGAACUUUUAUAGUAGAUGUCUAUAGAAACUUGUUCCCUUUACCUUCAAUAGAAGGUACUUUAAAUAUACACCAUGUUGUUGUUACAGAGAAACAUGAAAUGGGCUGUUUUUCUGUCUCCUUUUGGUUGUAUAUACUGUAAUUGUUCAGUUUGGUAUUCCUACAUUUACUGUUGAAUAGACUCCCAAAGAGUAGUAAGUUUUAACCUGUUUAUUGUGAAAAGAUCUGUUUUGCUACAAAUUCUUGCUUAAAAAAUAAACUCCAGAAGUGUAACAUUGGCUAAUAGUGACUUCCCAACUGCCUUUAAAGGAUUGAGGCAAAUGUAAAUUCUGGCCUGUGUUGUGACACAAGUAAAUAUGAAAGGAAAAGAAAAAUCACAGAUUUUUAGAAAUUUCAUCAGGAAGGUUGAAGAAGGGAGUUGUUGGGGGCUUUUGUUUGUUUUUAUGUACGCGGGGGGAAUGGUGGAAUUGAUUUGUGUGUUUCCCCACCACCACCUUUUUUGCAAGCAAAUAACCUAUGUUUACCAAAAGCACAUGCUGUAUAUUUUGUGUCCCCCUUUGUGUGUUUAUAGUAUUUUGAAGGAUAAAUUAAUUGGGUAUUUGUAUGUGAGGAUGUUAAAAGUUGUGGCUGCUCUUUGUGGAAGGGAAAAACAAAUGAGGUUUAAAUGCACUUCUUUUCCUAGCUCAAAAGUCACUGUGAUGUAUAUUUUUUUAAUGAAAUUUAGGAAUAAAACUUGUUGCAGUUGUAUAAUUAGUUUCAAAAUGCUGCUUCUCUUAUCAUUAGUCUAGUAACUGUUAAACUGUUUUAUGCAAACUGCAUUUUACAGAAUUUAAACUGAAACUGUAUCAACUUUUAUAGUUAAACAUUGUAUUAAAUAAACUAUACUAUCAAAUGGU